GAUCAAAGGCGGUGUUUAACGGGCUAAAGGCAAGGCCAUACAGUAGCCCAGUCUCAUAUCAUCCCGCCAAAAAGUGAAACCCAGAAAUCUUCCCUCGGUUUUCUUUCUUGUAGUUUGAAGAUCUUGUUCCAAAUCUUUUCAAGAUCGUUCUUUUGUCAAUGUUUGUUAGUUGCAGAAAUCUAAAAAAUGGGUGCCAGAAAGUUAAGGAAGAAAGGCCAGUGCCGCACCAAAGAGACCGCUUCUCUUACUCUCCACUCCAUGGUCUCCGCAAUUGAAUCUCCAGAGGGUCCAAUACCAGCAAACAUGAAAAAAUUGUAUGCCAUGCUAGUCCAUUUGUCUCUGACCAAACCUGACUUGGGUUGGUCCAAUUCUGAAUUUGCUGCGAUUCACACAGAUGAGAACUUGGAUAACUGCGUUAGCAAAUUGAAUUUUAAAGCCUUUCAUGAUCUCUCUGAUAUUUUGUUUAAAGAACUCGACCGGAGAUUUGAGGAGUUUUUCUCUGCUUUACGUGGUGUUUCUGGUGCUGGGGGUAGUGGUCGGCAUGUCUUGCUUGCAGAUAUUUGGGCAAAGAGGGAAGAACUAAUGCUGCUGCUGAGAUGUUGUAUGGUACUAUUAAUUUUGAUGGCAUUCAACCAAAGUCUUCUCAUAGAAAAGGGCAGACUUAUUCUUUCAGUUCUUAGCAGAUUGAUUUCUAUUGAGUUAACUGGUGGUGAAAAUGAGAAAAGUUCCAUAACUUUUAAGAGGUCGAUUUCUCUUGAAUGUGCUUAUCUUAAUGUUGAUUGUACUGCCAAUGUUACUGAGGAGUUCUUUGCUUCAAUAUCUUCGUUGGAACCUUCUGAUUCGUGCUAUACACUUCUAUGUGGCGUGCUUGAGGUGUUCACAGAUGAGCUUUUGGUGCAUAAAUCUUUGAGAGAGUACUUCAUGUUGAUUGAUUUUGCAUCAUCCAGAAACGAAAUGCUAUUCAAUUUCCACUUUGGCCAUGGUAAUCUUGGAUGUGUGCUGGAGGUGGUCUGUGCUCAUUUUAUCCUAUCAGUUUCUGAUGAGCCAGCAUUUGUAAAUUUCAUCAACAGAUUAUUUUGGUGCCAUAAGGAUUACUUCAGAGUUCCUGAAAUAAGCUUGCCAGCAGCCUUGUCUUUGCUUCUCAACCCUGUUAUGCUUUCAGCUCCAAAAAUGUUUCAGGCACAUUUGAUUUUAUUGGUUUCUGAAGUCAUAGGUAUUUGUGCAGCUUCUGAGGAUGUUACGCUGAAUGUUCGAUUGAUGGAUUGGUACUUAACAGCAUUAGAAAGAUCUGUUGUAUUGUACACUAGACUUAUGUCUACUUUGCACGUUGAUAGCAACAAUUUGGAUGCUAAUGGGUCCUUUGAGAAAUCAUGUUUGUUUGGUAGUAGUCAGCCAACUUUUGAAUCCUUUCUUCUGCGAACCACAGUUGACAAGAUAUAUCAUCUAAUUGCCAAAUCAAAAAAUUUGUGGGCUUCAUAUUUAAGUGAUAUGUCCUGUGGAACAGAUUCUGACCUGGUGGCUGUCUCUAUUGCAUAUGUGAAGGAGAAUCUGUGCAUUUCUGAUGAAUCUUAUAAAGAUGAGAUUUUAUCAGUUUUAAAUUCCAUAAUACUGGGAUGUUCAUCAGAUGAUAUAAAUGGCCCUUUAUUUCAGAAAUUAGGGGAAGCAAGCCCCCAAGAUCUAUUUCUUCUUGCUUCUAUACUGAAGUUAAUGAGUAGUUCAAUGUUACAAGCAAUAUGGUAUCUGAAGCGUGCUAAGUUUUCAGGAAGUCUGAAAUCCCACGGGGAUGUUUCUUCAUGCAAGGAAUAUGAGUAUAUCGUAGGUGUGCUUGGCUGUUUUCAACACUUCAGUAUUCAUCUACCAAUUCAGAACUUCUUAUAUGAAUCCAUGCAGUCUCACCCUGUGCGGCAUAAGGAGUCCAAGUGGAUGCUUUUGCAUCUUUCAGGCUUGCUUUCAUUAACUUAUGUUAGUGGGAUUGAUUUCUUAGUGAAGGGUUGUUUAUUUACAAUGAUGACACUUUUGAAUUGGUUUCUUGUUGAAGAGUGUGAUCUCAGUGCAUUAUUUGAUCGUGGAUCAAAUUCCUGUUCAUCGAAAUCACCUGACAAUGUGGAAGGGGUCAUGAUGAUUAGAAAAACUAGCCGAAUAAUCUCAUCAAAAUUUCAGAAGAUUCAUGAUAUGUACUUGAGGACAGGUUCGUUCCUAUGUUCUGACAAAAGAAAACAAGGCGAGCAAGCAACCUCAGCUCUGAAUGACCUGGAUUCUGCUGUAGCAGACAAUUCAAAGGAAACGACUACCGGUGAGAUUUUCCUGAAAUGUGUAAUCGGACAAAACUCCCGCGUAUCUGAUUUUGAUGAUUUAGCCGACUUCAUUGAGUGCAAGCCGGAAAAGGAUUACUCUAGCUGGUUAAGGGAUCGACAGAGAUAUAGACAAUGGAAAUAUAAGAAAAUGGUAAGUUUAAGAUUGAAGAAAAAGAAGAUGGCAUGGAAUUCUAUGAAAGUGAGAUGACCAUAGAUGAUAUCUAGAGAUGAAAGAAAUUGUUCUUCUACAACUGUUGGGUCGCAUGAGAAGUUGGAUAGAGAAGACCUCAACAGUACUAAUCAGUCUGCAACUGGUUUGAUGAACGGUUGCUUGAAGGUUCAAAAGUGUCCAUUGAUGAGGAUGGCAACGGGGCAAUGGAAGUGUAUAAAGUAUGUGACCUUUUAUUUUUGAUAUUUUAGGCUGAUGUUAAUGUAUUAUUCUAAUGAUAUUUUAAUUUAUCUUCAUUACUUAAGCAUACAAUAAAUAAGAAUUUAUAAAUCGAGUCUAUUUAUC